AGGAGGGAAACAGUGAUUGCUCUAUCAGCGGUCAGGGGACUGCGAAACAGAGGACCAACCUGCAAUUCCGACUUUCAGUGGUGGGUUGGGUUCUCCCUGCCCCUACUACGGCGCCUCCCUAGCGUCACUCUCCUGCGUCAGGCCGGCCCACUGUAGGCACUGAGCCACCACUUCCGCCCUCACCCCUCGCCAAGCAAGAUGGCUGAGGAGCCGGAGUCUGCGCUGCAGCUGCCUCCCUCAACCGCUGCUGAAGGCGAAGGACCUACGGAAGUCUCCCCAGAAAGAGCCACUCCGGAGCCCCCUUCUUCCGCUGCAGUCUCUCCGGGAACAGAAGAACCUGCGGGUGACACUAAGAAGAAAAUUGACAUCCUGCUAAAGGCUGUGGGAGACACUCCUAUAAUGAAAACAAAGAAGUGGGCUGUAGAGCGAACCCGAACCAUCCAAGGACUCAUUGACUUCAUCAAAAAGUUCCUUAAACUUGUGGCUUCAGAACAGUUGUUUAUUUAUGUGAAUCAAUCCUUUGCCCCCUCCCCAGACCAGGAAGUUGGAACCCUCUAUGAGUGUUUUGGCAGUGAUGGUAAACUGGUCCUGCAUUACUGCAAAUCUCAGGCAUGGGGAUGAACUAUAGAGGAAAAGAUCAUUCUAACUUAAAAUGAAUCUUCACAAAGGAAACAGCUCUGAAGAGUUUUGAUCUUGUGGCAAGAGGCUUGUGGAUGUGAUCAAUUCAGCAUGUAUCUACUAUGACCCAUGUUUAUACAUUUAAAAUAUUCACAGAGUAGAUGGACUUACAAAAAUGUGAUUUGUAUUAAUAUACAAAUCAUCAUAAAAGAUUGACAUUAGUGAAUACCCAUUACUGCAACUAUUACUCCAGAGCUGCCUCCAAGGUAUUGAAAAGGAGACUAAGAUUAUAUAAAGCUGCUUUUUUACCACUUCUCAAAAUGACUGAAAUUGUUUACUUGAAGAAUUAGCAUUCUGCUGAUUUUUUUUUUCCCAUUGUCAAUUUACUAAAGGAUGCUUUUGGGGCUGAGUUCAAUUUGUUUGAGGUAUGUAAUAUGCCUUUUUACAUUUCUGUCCGCAGUGUUAUCUUGUGAAACAAAGUUGCAUUGACCUGCUGGCUUUAUUACCUUACAUAGUCCGGUAGAGGGCAACCCAGCUGGCAGAAGGAGUUGGGCAGUUUGGUUUUACAGCUUUGGCAGAAGAUAAUAGCUAUUCCUGCUAAUUUCUAGCAGACAUCUAGCCAAGAGAGCACACAUGUUGACACACUGGAAGACUGCUUUAGAGAAAAUUUGUGGUUUUGGUUUAAUUGUUUUAUUGGGAAACAGAAGGAAUUUUACCCGUUCUGGACAAAUGAGUCAUCUCUUUUCAAUCCUAUUAUUUAAUGAUUCUUGAGUCCCAGUGGUUAUAACUGUGCUAUUAAUCCCUCCCUUACUUUUACAGUGUCAAAAGUGCACCAUGAGUAAAUACGUAUUUCAUGCCAUGACUAAAAGUACCAUUUUUUACUGAUGUUAUUAAGCUGAUAAUUGCUUUAAAUAAGAUUUAACUUUUUUUCAUUUUGUAUUAUAUUUGUAGUGCAGCAUUUAAAAAAAAAUUCCAAUAAAUUGAAUGGAAUGUUCAAACAGGA